AUGGCUCAGCCGCUGGAUCUCGCAAAGACUCUCGUCAAGUCUGUUAUGCGUGCUUUCUACGAAACCCGCCACAUUCUGAUCAUCGACGCCUUGAUCAUUCACUCUGCGCUUCGAGACGAUGACUUGGCUUACCUGAUGGCGACGAACACAAAGGAUCUUCAUAAGGCAUGCGGAAAGCUCAGAGAGGACCGCUUUCUUGCUGUUUACACGAGACUGGAAUAUCGCGAAGACCCCAAGAACCCCGAGGCGAAACCCCGACCCGUCAACCGAACAUACUACUACAUAGACUACCGCCAGACCAUCGAUGCCAUCAAGUGGCGUGUGUAUACCGUCGACAAGCAGAUUCAAGGCACCACCGUGCCAGCGAGCGAACGCAAAGAGUACUUUUGCGGGCGUUGCAAAUCGGAAUGGACCCAAAUGGAGGUACUCGACAACGUUGGCCCCGAGGGUUUUGUCUGUCACCGCUGCGGCGCUCCCCUCACCCACGAUCUCGAGCGCAACUCAACCGGUCACGAGCAAUCAACCCGGCUGAACAAUCAGUUCAAGUUUAUCACCGAACUGCUGCCACGUAUCGACGAAAUGGUUGUACCGGACAACACAUUCGAUAUUGCGAUUAGCAAAGCCCUACCCGUUGUGCGCGACGCAAGCUACCAAUCCGUCACGACCAUACCCGUCUCUUCCCUGCAACCGACAUCAGUCAAGGGUCUUGAUAACGUCGGCCCCAAGUCGAUGUCCGUCAGUAUAUCCACAUCGGAUGGACCAUCGGAGGCAGAGAAGGCUGCAGAGAAGGCGCGCAAAGAGAAGGUCGCACAGCAGAAUGCGCUCCCCUCGUGGAUGUCGAAUAGUACUGUCACCGGCGAGUCCUUCUCAGCCCAAGCCGGCCCGACAUCUGCCACCAAGAUCGAGGAAACGGACGACAAGGACGCUAUAGUUAGGUCAGCAGACAACCCAGAACAUGCAGAACUGGACGACUACUUUGCUCGCCUCAAGGCUGAGCAAGAGGCUGAAGCGGCAAGGGCAAUGGAGGAGGAGGAGGACGAUGAUGACGAUGACGAGGAUACUUUUGAGGAUGUGACGCCAAGCGUCGAGACUCCAGCUCCAGCUAUUAAGACGGAGCCAUCACCGGACUCUGAAGAAAGAGUGGUCAAGAAGGUGAAGGUGGAAGCGCCAGUGGAUGGGGAGGAUGGAGAGAGUGACGAAGACAUGGAAUUUGAAGACGUCUAG